GCUCGGCGCGGGGCGGGCGGGCGGCGGAGCGCUGUGGCCGCAGUGCCCCGCGGCGGGCGGGCGGGCGGCGGAGAAGGAAGGGGUCCAUUCAGAGCUCCGAGGGGAGGUAAUUCGCCGGGAACAAGGGGCAGGCGUUGCAAAGUAUAAAUAGUGCCACUUCCAGCGGCGCGACGCUAUCAGAGCCCGGAGCUGGCGCGGAGAGCCCGGCCCCGCACGUCGGGCGGAGCGGCCCGGUUCGGAGCGGAGCGGCUCGGAGGGCGCAGCACGGCUCGGCUCGGCCCGGCCGCACCCCGCCCCGUGGAUGCCCGCCCGGGGGGGCGGCACGGCGAAGCCGGGGCAGCGCGGCGGCCCUGAGCCGCGGCCAUGGAGGAGCUGACGGCGUUCGUCUCCAAAUCGUUUGAUCCCAAAGCGAAGGAGAAGAAGGAGCUCAUCACCUACCGCGAGGUGCUGGAGAGCGGACCCCUGCGCGGAGCCCGGGAGCCCGGCGGGGCCGCGGCGGAACCGGGCCGGGACGAGACGGGCAGCCCAGCGGGGCGGGCGGGCGGCGGACGCUCCCCGCCGCGGGAACCCGACGCCGCCGCCGAGAGAACCGCCGACGCGGCCACCCCGAAGCUGAGCGACGUGUCCCCGGAGCUGAAAGAGCGCAAAGAGGAUGCGAAAGGCAUGGAAGACGAAGGGCAGACGAAAAUCAAGCAGCGGAGAAGCAGGACGAAUUUCACCCUGGAGCAGCUGAACGAGCUGGAAAGGCUUUUCGAUGAGACUCACUACCCGGAUGCCUUCAUGCGGGAGGAGCUGAGCCAGCGGCUGGGGCUGUCCGAAGCCCGAGUGCAGGUUUGGUUCCAAAACAGAAGAGCCAAAUGCCGAAAGCAAGAAAACCAACUGCACAAAGGAGUGCUCAUAGGGGCCGCCAGCCAGUUCGAAGCCUGCCGGGUGGCCCCUUACGUCAACGUGGGAGCGCUGAGGAUGCCCUUCCAGCAGGUUCAGGCACAGCUGCAGCUGGACAGCGCCGUGGCCCACGCUCACCACCACCUCCACCCGCACCUGGCCCACGCGCCCUACAUGAUGUUCCCCGCUCCGCCCUUCGGGCUCCCCAUCGCUUCCCUGGCUGAGUCCGCCUCUGCCGCCGCCGUGGUGGCCGCCGCCGCCGCCGCUAAGACCACCAGCAAGAACUCGAGCAUCGCCGACCUGCGGCUCAAGGCCAAGAAGCACGCGGCCGCCCUGGGGCUGUGACCGCGCAGCGCUGCGCGGCUCCGGGCGGAGGGACGGAGAGCCGCGGGGGGAGAACGGCGCUGCCGGCAGAGACGGACUGAUGUGAGAGCCGGGCGGAGCAGGAGCGCAGCUGGGAAGUUCACAGGGUUUGAAGCUGACCUGUUUUUGGUUUUGGUUUUGGUUUUGUUUUUGUUUG